CUCUUUGAUGUCUUGAUUAACAAAAUUUACCCAACUUCACUUCACUCGGUUCCUAUAUUUUGACUUUACACAUCAAUCAUCACGUCCAAGUCAGCCAUUCAGUCAACCCUCAAAACAUCCUCCAUCUCACACUCUGCAAUCUAACACUACUAACUUGUAUGUGAAUGUUAAGAAAACUAACACUAUUAUUGUAUUUGUAGCAAAGUGAUGGGCUGUUUUCAGUCCAAAACUGCACAUCUACCAUCUCCUGAUCAACAACCUCCUCCUCCUGAACCCAACCCAGAUCUAGGUGAUGUUAAUGAAGAGGAACCAGUGCCUGCAUUCAAAGAGUUCGCCCUGGCUGAACUCCGAACGGCCACCAAUGGUUUCAGCAGCGAAUUAAUUGUGUCGGAGAGUGGAGAGAAAGCUCCCAAUGUUGUCUACAAAGGAAAGCUCAAGAACAAUCGUGUGGUUGCUAUCAAGCGCUUCUCAAGGCAAUCAUGGCCCGACCCUCAUCAGUUUGUGACGGAGGCUGCUGGUGUGGGCAAAGUUCGGCAUAAGAGAUUGGUGAAUUUGAUUGGUUGUUGCGCGGAGGGAGAUGAGCGCUUAUUGGUGGCUGAGUACAUGCCUAAUGAUACCCUCUCCAAGCACCUCUUUCAUUGGGAAAAACAACCAUUCCCGUGGGAAAUGCGUCUCAGAGUUGCUUACCAUAUUGCGCAAGCACUUGAUCAUUGCAAUUCUCAAAACCAUAAUAUCUAUCAUGAUUUAAAUGCUUACAGGGUUCUUUUCGAUGAGGAUGGUGACCCUCGAUUAUCCAGUUUUGGUCUUAUGAAAAAUAGCAGAGAUGGAAAAAGCUACAGCACAAAUUUAGCUUAUACUCCACCAGAAUUUUUACGAACAGGUAGGGUCAUCCCAGAGAGUGUGAUCUACAGCUAUGGAACUGUUCUGUUGGACCUUUUGAGUGGAAAGCAUAUACCUCCAAGCCAUGCAUUGGACUUAAUAAGAGGCAAAAAUUUGUUAUUAUUAAUGGAUUCAUCCUUGGAAGGACAAUAUGCUGAUGAUGAUGCUACUCAAUUGGUUGAACUAGCCUCAAAAUGUCUCCAGUAUGAGGCUAAAGAUCGACCGGAUGUUAAGUUUCUUCUUACGGCAGUGGUACUCCUCCAAAAGCAAACGGAGGUUGCAUCACAUGUUCUAAUGGGUCUACUGAAAACUCCAGUGGCAUUGCCAACUAUGCUAUCCCCCCUUGGGAAAGCUUGUGCACGAAUGGAUCUUACUGCAGUGCAUGAUAUGUUGCUUAAAACUGGUUAUAAAGAUGAAGAGGGUGCAGAAAAUGAGCUCUCUUUUCAAGAAUGGACGCAACAAGUUCAAGACAUGUUGAAUACAAAAAAAAUUGGGGAUAUUGCAUUUAGAGACAAGGAUUUCAAAAAUGCUAUUGACUAUUACUCAAAGCUGGUAUCGAUGAUGUCUGUUCCUUCGGGUACUGUGUUUGUGAGACGAGCGUUGUCAUACCUGAUGAUUGAACAAGCAGAACUUGCUUUGAGAGAUGCAAUGCAGGCUCAGGUGUGCUUACCAGAGUGGCCCACUGCCUUCUACAUUCAAGCUCUUGCACUAAACAAACUGGGAAUGGAAAGUGAUGCUCAGGAUAUGCUUAAUGAUGGAGCAUCCUUUGAAGCAAAGAAGCAGAAUAGCUGGCGGAUUUAGAUGUUUAGUUUUGAGGGUUAUUUUCAGUUGACGUCCAUGCCCUCUGUCCUGUUGGCAAAAUAUUUUUAACACAUACAAAAAAUGUAAAAAAAAAUAAUAGCAAGAAAUAAGAGAAGUGACCAACAAGCUAUUUCUGUUUCAAUUUUAAGUUUAGCUUAUGGUAGAGUAAUGUUGGUAGGCGUAUUAUAAAGU